AUGCAUGAUUCAGAUGGAAAGUUGAUGAUGGAGUACAUUGGAGCCUCAGGAAUUCCAAUAAAAUUUGACUCUGUACCAAUUGAAGAUGAAAUUGACUUCAAUUUCAUACUCGGCUUUGCAAUUGAUGCAGAUGCAUCAGGCAAUUCACAAAAUGGGACAUUCUCACCAUACUGGGAGCCUACAUUAACCCCAAAAUCUGUUGCAGCCAUAAAGAAAAGCCACCCUAACGUAAAAGUCUUGGCAAGCCUCUCAGGUUGGAGCUUAGGCCAAACAGUCCUUCGUUGGUACAAUCCAACAGACCCCAACGUAUGGAUAUCCAAUGCUGUCUCAUCUCUUGGUUCCAUAAUCACCACUUACCAUCUUGAUGGCAUUGACAUAGACUACGAAAAUUUCCCAAACCAGAAGAGCAGUAAUUCAUCAAGUUCUUUCGCUUUUUGCAUCGGUGAGCUCAUCACCCGUCUGAAAAAACAAAGGCUUAUCUCCGUAGCUAGCAUUGCGCCAUUUUAUAGUACGGCUGCGCCAUAUGUUCAACUCUUUAAUGGUUAUGGGGAUGUUAUAGACUAUGUCAACCACCAGUUCUACACUGACAAGGUUAACACCCCAAAAGGGUAUUUAGAUGCCUACACAUUUCGGGCCAAGCAAUUUGGAAAGGAUAAGUUGUUGCCUAGCUAUGAAGUAAAUGGAAGAGGGAUUCAGGGGGAUGCAUUUUUUGAUGCUUUGAGUCUGUUGGAGAAAAAUGGAUUUGAAAUUAAUGGGGUCAUGAUCUUCUCAGCUGAUGCUGCUUCUACCAACAACUUUUACUAUGAGAGAAAAUCACAAGCUUUCUUGCUCAAUUCUACUAAUAAUAAUUAA